AUGUCAUUCGCACCUGCACCACCUCCUUCAACGCCACUUGGACGUUACCGCGUCCUCUCCCCUCUCGCGGGGGUCCGAGUCUCUCCACUCCAGCUCGGCGGGGGCAACAUCGGUGACCAACAUCAUAAGAUUGGCAUGGGCGCGAUGGAUAAGGAAUCGUCUUUCAAGCUACUUGAUGCGUACUUCGAAGCGGGAGGAAACUUCAUUGACACUGCAAACGUCUAUCAAUCUGGAACAUCUGAGUCGUUCAUUGGAGAGUGGGCCGAGAAACGUGGGAUUCGAGACCAGCUUGUCAUCGCGACAAAGUAUACAAUGAUGGACACAGCGUUUACCGAGAACAACCUCGGUAUCAAAGUCAACUUUUACGGUAACAACACUAAAUCAAUGAGAAUCAAUGUCGAUCAGAGUCUUAAGAGACUUUGUACUCAUUACAUCGACAUUUUUUACAUCCACUUCUGGGACUUCACCACGUCCGUUGAAGAAGUCAUGGAUGCUCUGCACAAUCUUGUCUCUUCAGGAAAGGUUCUCUAUCUCGGGAUCUCCGAUGCACCUGCUUGGGUCGUCGUCCACGCAAAUAUGUAUGCGAAACAACACGGAAAAACGCCGUUCGUGAUAUAUCAGGGUGCAUGGAAUGUGAUGGAUCGUAGUUUCGAACGUGAAAUUAUCCCAAUGGCGCGUGCACACGGUUUGGCCCUUGCUCCUUGGAACGUCCUUGCAUCUGGUCGAUUCCGGACUGACGCAGAGGAAGAAAGGCGUGCAGCAACUGGAGAGAAAGGCCGCACCAUUCUCCGAGCAGAAUGGAAGCGUGACGAGAAUGAGAAGAAAAUGAGCGUGGCACUUGAAAAGGUAGCGAAGGAAGUCGGGACGGAACAUAUCACUGCUGUGGCGAUUGCAUAUGUAAUGCAGAAGACGCCAUACGUGUUUCCUAUUAUUGGAGGUCGGAAGGUCGAGCACUUGAUGGCAAACAUUGAGGCUCUGAAGAUCUUGAUUUCGGAAGAACAGAUGAAGUAUUUGGAAAGCAUCAUACCGUUCGAGCCGGGUUUCCCUCAUGACAUUAUUGUGAGCAACUUUUAUCAGAUUUUGGCGUUAUUUCUGACUGUGGUCAUCGAAACAGGGAGAUGGUACCGGUCGACCAGCUCUUACAGCAAAUUUGGUACACGAAGAUAUCUGGCCCGCCAAGCAGGUUAUAAAGCCGGGCAAAGCCUGAUUGCGUCUGGGUAG